AAGCUGAGAUCCGUUGAAGUGUUUACAUUCAACUUUACUGACAGUACAACUAAUUAAUUUAACUAAUUUAAUCAAAAUGGAACCGACUGCAAAUAACGAUAAGUUUAACGCCGAUGAGCUUGAGGCACCCGACUGGUUAAGUGAGCAGUUCUUUGCGGAAGUACUCAGUCGUCAUGAAAAGGCGCCAGAUCUCAAAGUCAUUGAAGUCAAGAUGUCCCCAGCAAGUGCCAAGGGAGAUCAUUAUGCGAGUGUCAUGUUUAGAGGGAACAUCACGUAUACAACAAGCAAAGGAAAAUUCUCCAAAUCGUUGAUCGUCAAGACAAUGCCCGAAGAAGAUGGUCAUAAAAAAGAAAUGCUCGGAGACUCGAAAAUCUUUGAGACGGAAAUUGGAAUGUACACCAAAGUCUUACCCAAGUUUGAGGAGAUAUUGCGUGAGGCGGGCGAUGAGACUAGAUUGUAUGUACCGUGUUUAUAUCAUAGCUUGAAGCCGCGACAGGUGAUGAUCUUUGAAGAUCUGGUGCCACAGGGCUAUUCCGUUAUAAGGGAUCGUGAGGCAACAAAGGAGGAAAUGCAGGCAGCAUUGACAAAACUGGCUAAAUGGCAUGCAGUUAGCUUUCACUUGAUAAAUGAGAAACCAGAUUACCUUGAGGAGUUUAAGCAUGGAUUAUUCGAUAUUCCGAAUUUUGCUGAUGAUCCCUUUGUGACAUGUGGGAUGAGUUCAUUUAUGUCCAUGCUAGAUAAAAUUCCUGAGCUGUCGAAAUACAAACCGCAGUUCAAGAAGUUGGAAAAGGAUUAUUUGGAGCGCUUGAGGGAUGUUAUGCAGGAGUAUCGUGAAAAUCGUCAGCCUGAUGGAUAUUACGUUCUGUGUCAUGGAGAUUUUCAUUUGCGCAACAUGAUGUUUAAGCACAGUCCAACUAAUGGAGCUUUCGAAGAUUGCAUGUUACUUGAUUUCCAAAUUAGCAAUAUUUGUCCUAUUACAAUCGACUUGAUCUACGCCAUUUAUAUGCUGAUGGGACCUGAGGAUCGUAAGAACAACUAUAAGGAACUUAUUGACUAUUACUUCACCAGUUUUGUCGAUACGUUAAAAAAAAUUGGGUUUAAGGGGAAAUUACCUUGUUCAGCUGAGUUAUGGAAUCAAAUUUCAAAACAUAAAUCCUAUGAUAUAUUCUUGUUAACCACAUUUUUGCCAAUGAUGUGUGCACUUAAAACGAAUGUUUUUGAUCCUGCUGAGAUUUUAACAAAUGCGGAAACACGUCAGAAGCUGUACUUCUUAGAUAAUUUUGUGGAGGAAGUCAAGUAUUUGUUGCCCAGAUUUGAGGAGCAAGGCUACCUUGAUUAAAUUCUAAGUGUUUUUAUAUGUCUUCGUUAGUUAAAAUUAACGAUUUAAAGAUUUGUCCAAAAAUUAUCGCUUACUUUCAGAUAGCAUUAAAUUUAUUUUCAAAUUGGGAAAUAAUUUUUAAACAGAUCUGCUGUCUAUUAUUUUUCUUUAAAAAGGGUAUUGAAUAUAUCAAUAAUUUCUUGAAUAACAAUGACAAUAUGGCUUGUGAGCCAAAUAAAUGCAGUGUAUUUAUAUAUUCAACAAAC